UCUACCUGAUUCUCUGUCUACCCUCAAUUUUCUCCAAGGUUGCAUCUCUUUCCAAGACAUUUUGGCCGUUUACGCAGACCACCACCCACCUCCGCUCUCCCUCCGCCUCUCUCGGUCGCCGCGACGUCAGUCGAACGUGGUGCGACGCGCCCUUCAAAUGUAUCAUUUGCCUCUUCACCAGGCCCUAAUCCCCAGCCCGACCAACCAGGCGGCCGGCAACGAGGAGGACGACUUGAGCCAGCCUCCGUUGCGUCGAGAUGAAUUGAGCUGCGAGGGGAAGCCGACCAACCCGACGGGCUCUGGACGUCAGAGUCGUCAGACCGAUUCCCUUCUGCCUCCGGGCGAGGCCAAACUGUGCACCAACCACAACUCACCUCUGGUCGCGACCGCUGCCCUCUGCCUCGUCGGCAACGGCUCCGCCAUGAAGGCCGAUUGCCCAGUUGCCGGCCGGGCUGAUACACGGCCUCAGAGAACGACGCAGCAGGCGGCGUUUUCGCAUGCUCGUAUGGGCCUGCUCGGCGACGUGGGCCAAUCGCAGGCGCGGUCUCGGGGGCUCGGAGCCGCGGCCGGCUCUCACAGUCGCCUGCAGACAGCAGCCUCCAACCUGGCCGUGGUGGCGAGAGCCGCGCUGUUUGGCGGUCUUCGAGGCGCCCGAGUCGACAAGUCGUCAGCAAAGGCGUCUGCACGAGAUGUGGCAAGACUGGCUGGCGGGCCGUCGGAAAAACAGCAGCAACAGCAGCAGCAGCAGCAGCAGCAACAGCAGCAGCAGCAGCAGCAGCAACAGCAGCAGCAUGUGAAUGAGGCGAAUUGUGCUUGUGGACAAAGGGUCACCUCGGCCCGCAGGGACUCGAUUGGCCCAGGGGGGGGCCACGAGGUCGGCACAUGUGGGCAUCACAUGAGGCAUAGUCUGACGACCAAGUCGGGAGUGAAAAGGGAGGACAGAGACGAGGCUGAAAAGGGUGAAGACAGCGCGACGGCCGGAAGUGGUGUCUGUCUCGGGGAGGCCGAGACUGCAGACAUGCUGUCGCCACGGGCCAAGGGGACGGGAGAAGACGCGCACGAUGGGCAGGGCAGCCGUAUCUUCUGCGUCGAGACGCCGCGGCAGACGUACCUGCUGGUUGCUCCGAGUCCCCAAAUCGCUCGGCUCUGGAUCGACGUGAUCAGCACAGGUAAGCCAAGAGUGUCAAACAUCCGGCAAGUUUAG